UCAGCCCAGAGACCUUGUUGGCCGUCAGCUACUUAGCUCACGAACGUCUGAAGCUCAAUUACCAAUACCUCCAAACUGUCUCUUCUCUCAGUAAAAUAUCACCAUGCCCUAAACGCCUGAUCGCGGUUACAUCUCCUUCAACGACAAUGGCGCCCUCUGCAACAGAAUCCCAAGCUCAACCUCCACAGCCGGAGAGUGCACUGCCGCCGCCACGCCUCUACACGCCUCGAGAAGGCCGUUUUGAGAAGUUUGUUGACAUCCAGGAAGAUGGAUAUCGGCAGGCAAAAUCGAGAAGGAAUCAAGGGGUGGCAAUUGUCAUCGAUAAUGGUACAAAACCUGUGAAUGCGCCAACAUCAAUGGCCCUUGCUAAAACUACGAAACAGGGUCUUCUGCUACUCGAGCUGGAUGGUCCUUCGAGGCUGCUCCUCGACUGAAUCUCGUGCCCAUAUAUUCCAGAUAUCGAGACCGGAAGCUGGGCAAGACAUACUCGUUUGUUGGUGCCGAUGUGUACGCCGAUACUACAGCUAGAGGACAUAUGAGGAAUGCUUUCGAGGCAGGUAGUGGCAUCGUCAGCAAUUGGGAUGUUAUGGAAUCGGUUCUGGACUAUGUUUUCAUCAAAUUGGGCAUGGAUGGCGUAAAUGGAGGGGUGGAUGUUCCCAUUGUCAUGACUGAAGCUGUCGCCAAUCUACCGUACUCAAGAAAGACUAUGACUGAGAUUAUCUUUGAGGCAUAUUCGGCCCCUUCGCUGGCUUUUGGUAUCGAUUCCCUAUUCUCCUACGACUUCAACGAUGGCAAGACUGGACUUGUUGUCUCCUCUUCGCAUAGCUCCACCCACGUUAUUCCGGUGCUGAACUCAAAGGCGAUUCUCGCCCAAGCUACCCGACUGAACUGGGGAGGAUCUCACAGUGCUGAGUACCUUCUUAAGCUCAUCCGCUUGAAGUACCCUACAUUUCCGGGCAAACUCAAUUCUUCACAAAUGGAGUACCUACUCCGGGAUCACUGCUAUCUUUCCCAAGAAUAUGACCAGGAAUUGAGCAAAUAUCUCGACUGGAGUGGCCUCGAGGACCGCGAUCAUGUCAUUCAAUACCCGUACACCGAAGAAGUCAUCAUUCAGAAGAGCGAGGAAGAGCUAGCGAAAAUUGCCGAGAAAAGGAAAGAGAGCGGUAGGAGGUUACAGGAGCAGGCUGCCAAGAUGCGAUUGGAGAAGUUGAUUCGCAAGGAACAAGAGCUUGACUAUUAUCGAGACCUACAAAAUCGACUGGCCGACGAGACGAAGAAGGAGAUCAAGCGAAUGCUCGAUGCUGAGGAUCUAAAGGAUGAAGCAGCUCUCGAAAGGACAAUUAAGGAGCUCGACAAGUCAAUUCGGAAGGCACGGACUAAGGAUGUUGGGGGUCCAGAAGUUGAGGAGGAAGUCGAGGAACCGGAUUUCAGCUUGCUGGAAAUCGCGGACGAUCAACUGGACGAAGCUGGCAUUAAACAGAAACGUCACCAACGCCUCAUGAAAUCGAACCAUGAAGCUCGUGCCAGGGCGAAAGCCGAGAAGGAGAAAGAGAAGGCUCGUGUUGCUGAGGAGCAACGACUUGAUGACGAGAAGCGAGAAAACGACUUGGAGGGCUGGCUGCAGGAGCGAAGAAACGCUCGAGCAGGCCUGAUUCAGAAGAUCAAAGACCGAGAUCGUCUCAAGGCUGAUCUAGGUAAUCGAAAGUCGCUCGCAAGCCAAAUCAGAAUGAAGAGCAUUGCAAAUCUGGCUUCCGACAAUCCGACCAAGAAGCGUCGCCGAGGUGGAGAUGAUGAUAAUUUUGGUGCCAACGAUGACGACUGGGGUGUUUACAGACAGAUUGCUACAGGCGACGGCAGUGAUGAUGAAGAAGAGGAAGAUUUCGGUGUCACUCUGAAAACUCUUGAAGCAGACCUACUCAAAUACGACCCCGACUUCACUGACCAGCAUACUCUUGACGCACAAAGCGAUUGGACCAAGAGCCUCAUGCAUGCUUUCCUACGUGGACCGAGACCGUUCGACAUGAAGAGCCAAGGAGAGGCACACCAGCUUCAUCUGAACGUGGAGCGAAUCCGAGUUCCCGAGGUGGUAUUUCAACCAUCAAUCGCCGGCCUCGACCAAGCUGGCAUUGUGGAGAUCGCGGCCGACAUCUUGACUCAACGCCUAAAUGGAGUUGGUACGCAGGAUGUAUUCCUGAAAGACAUUUUCUUGACAGGAGGUAGCUCUCUAUUCCUGAACUUUGAUGAGAGGCUUAGGGAAGGAUUGAGAGCAUAUUUGCCUGCCGAAGCGCCACUAAAUGUUCGCAGAGCAAAGGAUUCUGUGAUGGAUUCUUGGAAGGGAGCUGCGAAAUGGGCUGGGGGGGAGAAGUGGAAGACAGCUGCUGUCACAAGAGACGAGUACCUUGAAAAAGGCGCGGAAUAUAUGAAGGAACACGAUCUGGGUAACGCUUACUCUUGAGGGACUGGGAAACAGCACGAGUUACUUGGCGAGAACAAACAUUGACAUUCAUUGCUUCCUGCUCAACUAUGAGAGUGUUCUUUAACCAGCCAAAGCGAUCAUAACCUAGU